ACCCAAAAUAGGGGGGUUAGUUUGCAUGCAAAGAUGCAAAGACCAGGAGGGCAAGGGACUGCGUUUUCCAUCGAUUCCCUGAUAGGGACCCCCCAGCCCAGACCGGGACACCUGCUCUACACGGGCUACCCCAUGUUCAUGCCCUACAGACCCCUGGUCAUCCCGCAGGCGUUAGCGCACUCGCCCCUGACCUCCGGGAUACCUCCGCUGGCGCCCCUGGCGUCCUUCGCAGGCCGCCUGACUAACACCUUCUGCGCCAGUCUGGGACAAGGCGUGCCGUCCAUGGUGGCGCUCACCACCACCAUGCCCAGCUUCUCGGACCCGCCGGACACCUUUUACCCGCCUCAAGAGCUGCCCGGCCCGCGUCGCAGCAGCGCCGGCGACCCGGGGGCGAGGAGGCAGGAGAGCCCGCACUCGGAGGAGCUGCACGGCCGCGAGAAAGGAUCGGAGUUGCUCAACUUCUCGGAAAGUUUUCAGACGAUAUCCGGUGAGACCAAACUGUACAGUUCAGACGAGGAGAAACUGGACCUGAAGUCCGCGGAGACGGCAUGCAGUGACCGGGAGGACAGCUCCGUGGACAGCGAGAACGAGAGCUUCUCAGACGGCAACACCUGCGGGGCCCUGUCCCAGAAAGCCAAGAUGAAGGUGGGGCCCCACGACGUGCUCCUGGCCGGCGGCGGCGGUGGCGGCGGCGGCGGCUCCUCGGCCGGCAAGAGCCGUAGGAGACGAACCGCUUUCACCAGCGAGCAGCUGCUGGAACUGGAGAAAGAGUUCCACUGCAAAAAGUACCUUUCGCUCACCGAACGCUCGCAGAUCGCGCAUGCGCUCAAGCUGAGCGAGGUCCAGGUCAAGAUCUGGUUCCAGAACCGCAGGGCCAAGUGGAAACGCAUCAAGGCCGGCAACGUCAACAACCGCUCGGGGGAGCCUGUGAGGAACCCCAAAAUCGUGGUGCCCAUCCCGGUGCACGUCAACAGGUUCGCGGUGAGAAGCCAGCACCAGCAGAUAGAACAAGGGAGCAGGCCGUGAAAGGACCAAAUAAGAAGGACUUUAUCAUGAAAGAGACUCCAGCAUGAAGCACAAACUGGAGGAGGACUCCAUGAAGAGGACGAGCAUUAUUUGGAAAUAUGCUCUCACUUUUAUUUAUUGAUUUGUGAAUAUGUAAAUAUUUAACAAGUACAAAUGGGCACUAUGAGAAGAGUCUUUUUUUUUAGUAUUUAUAUGUCAGGCCAAAUUUGACCUUCUGUUGGUUGCAUGUCUUUUUCUUUUUUUAGUGGAGUCUCUUUUUUUUUUUUUUGCUCUUUUUUUUUCAUUUACUUUUGGUUUGGUGUUUUGUACAAUUUGUUUGCAUGUGAGAAAGUUUUGUUUGAAAGAACCACAAUGACCAAACAAAGGACAAAUG